CGAAGCAGAACAAUACCAAACCAGCUGGAGUCAUCAAAAGAAGGCGGGAAGAGUUGAACCCCACAAACCCCUAAAAUCAAAGUCCUUCCCUCCAUCUCUCUUCAAUUUCAGAGACUCAGCGUGCAGAGGAAGCUCCACAGCCCACAACAAUGGAGGCCCCCACCCCCAAACACACGUGCCUAAAGCUCGAUCUCCAAGAAUCCCAGCAACCAAUCUUCGUCAAGGGCACGUGGUUCCCCUCCCGCUUCGAACUCUCCAUCACCGACGGCCGCAACGCCUGGAUCUGCUCCGCCUCCGAAGACCAGGUCAGCGACCGUGCCGCUCAGUGGGACCAGCCGGUCUCCGAGUACGUGGCGCUGGCCGAGCGCUACUUAGGGUUUCAGCACCCUGACUCCGUAUACGGGUUCGCCGACGCCGGCGACGGCUACAAAAGACUUUCAUGGACGUUUGAGAAGGAAGGGACGAAGCUCGAAUGGCGGUGGAAAUGUCAGCCGUCGCCAAACAGUAAGCAAACCACGGCGGCGGUGUUGGAUUUUCUCAUGGAUGCAAAUGUUGGGCUAAGUGAAGAAGUUGUGAGAAAAACUCAAUCAUUUGAGAGGUUGAAAGUGGAAGCUGAGAAGUGUCUAGCACAGAGUGAGAAGAUUACCAAUGAGAAGAUAGAAUUUGAGUCCGCUAUUUAUGCAAAGUUUCUUGGCGUCUUGAAUUCAAAGAAAGCUAAACUAAGAGAGCUCCGAGAUAAGCUUUCAAACAAAGAGGUUGCUGGGAAACUGCCAGAAGAAGAGGAAGCAAGUUCAGAACAAACUGAACCUUAUGUCAGUGGCGAUGACAAAAGCGAGGAAGAAUUUUUGAAAGAUUAUCCAGCUACCUCCAAGGAUGUUCCAACCAUUAGGUCUCGAGGUAGAGGUCGAAAGAGGGGAACGCACAAGUAGCGUGUCACUCGUCAAUUCUAAAUUUCAGCAUGCUUAUGUCAAAUAUUCUGCGCCCAGGAUGUUCCUAUAAGUUUGUAACUUCCUAUUUAAUGUGUAUGAUAUUGCAGAGUUCCUUUUUAAUAGUACUGAGAUCUUCAGAGGAAUACACACUUCUGUACUUCUAUCAAGAUCUCGUUUCACAGCU